AUUUUUUGGUUGUGUGUUAUAAAAAGUGGCAGGACCCGCGGAAAGUGCAUUCAGUCGCACAGGAGAUCCACCCGCGGUGAAAGGUGCCAGUUUUGAAGUGUUUGGUGCAAGGCGGAACAAAAAACUUAAAAGGAUGAAAUACGUUCUAUUGACCCUCGCCCUGCUGGUGCUGGCCGUGGCCAUCGUAUCCGCCCUACCGGCCGUCCAGGACGAGUCCCUGUUCGGAGGCCCACUCGGUGAGGCGCAAGAGGUGGACAUCGUCAACCCCCAGGACCCGCAGUCCUUCAUCAAGUGGCGCAAGCUGAAGCGGCUGCUUCUCCUGGGCUAGAACGUCAAUUUUUCCCCGCAGCAAAUGGACCUCGUUUUUUGUUUGUAAAUUUUUAUCUCGACUAAUUGUUAAGUUUUUUUGUUUUAACUGUGCGCUUUUGCGUCGAAAGUAUUAUGUAUUUAGAAGUAACGAAACGCCCAAAACACCUAACACUAGAACUGAUGAUGAUGCAGUAAUUCGUUCCGGAAGCCCGAGCUAAUGGGUUCAAAUUUUGCGUUCAAAGCAAAAUGGAACCCCUCUCGACGAUGAUGGACGAGCAGGAAGAACAGGCAAAACUGAUUGAAUAAAUGUUAUUGUUACACUCAAGAAGUGAAAAAAAACGCUGUUUGUUUGAAAUCGACGCCUAUC